AUGUGGAAAGGAGUCAAGGCCCUGAUCCAUAUGCGGAAUGAGAGGUUAAAGUCCAUCCUCGAGACAAAACACCUGUCCAUUCCCAUCAGACUCACCUACUACGUCGACUUCUUCCUCGAAAAUUUUCCACGCCUUAUGGACCGCUGGGAGAAGGGGAGGGAACUCAAGCCUACCAUUGUAUUUAUAGGUUCUCAUAUUUUUUGGAAUCCAAUUUCCUAUAUAUGCACUUUCAAGGUACAUUUUUUAUGCACAGAUGGCGGUCUUCAUCAUAUAGCAAAGCGUGCAGACAGGAAAGGUAUCCUGUAUAAGAAAACACUUAAGCAUUUGAUGCCACACUUCACCCGUCUUGCUUCCAGUGUCCCGGUCUAUUACAAACUCAUUGAUGAUACGCAGGCAUCCCGACAAACAAAAUUCAGGUAUAGUGAAAAAACCAUUGACCUGAUCAACAGAAGUGCCGUUCACCAACUACAGGGAACCGGUGUGAUUAUCUGGGACAGCACUGUUCCUUUGUCUGUCCAGUACACCGACGCCUGUCUGCAGCACCACAAGAGGACUCCCCCUAUGUUCAAGUGGAAAUGCGAUGAUAUUGGCCAUCUUGGGUAUAUUUUUGUGGAUCAGGUCGCAGAUAUGCUGUAUAAUGCUGUCUGUAACAAAUACUUGGACCUUGACGAGGAUUACUGUGGAAUGAACACAGUCGAUUAA